CUUUGCACAAGCGACAUGAGAUUUGUCAGAUUUUGAUAAAAAUAUCUGGAAAAACACCCCUUUUUAUUUCAUUUCGUGUUAUACCAUGUUACGUCGUGCGUGGCAGAGCUCAGGGAAACUCUCAGGGGGCCACUGCCAAGGGAGGAAUACAAGUUCUUGGUUGCCAUGGACACAAAGACGAUGGAUCUCGGAUUAUUUCGUUCUAUCAGAAGAAGUGUCAGAGGGCAUAAACAGUAAGAAGCCAGUAGUUGCCCUGGAGAGUACAAUCAUCACACAUGGCAUGCCAUAUCCACAUAACCUAAGCACUGCCAAAGAAGUGGAGGAGGUAAUAAGGAACAAUGGUGCCAUCCCUGCCACAGUGGCCAUCUUGAAUGGCAGAAUUCAUGUCGGGUUGACGGAGCCGGAACUAGAGGAAUUGGCAUCAAGUACGACACCAGCUGUCAAGACUUCUCGUCGAGAUCUACCUCAUGUGAUUAGUCAGAAACUGAAUGGUGGUACUACCGUAUCUGGGACUAUGAUUGCUGCCAACAAAGUUGGGAUACCCAUAUUUGUGACCGGAGGCAUAGGAGGUGUUCACAGAGGGGCUGAGUCCUCCAUGGACAUAAGCGCAGAUUUAACCGAGCUUGGCAGAACACCUGUAGCCGUCGUAUCAGCUGGAGUGAAGUCUAUUCUAGACAUAGGGAGAACACUGGAAUAUUUGGAAACUCAGGGAGUUGGUGUCUUCUCCUAUGGACCAACGAAAGACUUCCCUGCCUUCUUCACCCCUAAAAGUGGAUUUGAUGCUCCUUACAAUGUGAGGACACCCAUGCAGGCUGCACAGAUAAUCGAUUCCAGUCUUUCCCUUGGCCUUGGAAGUGGUCUUCUGUUUGGCGUGCCAAUCCCAUCAGAUUUAGCGGCGUCUGGAGAAGAGAUAACACAAGCAAUACAGCAAGCUGUAGAAGAAGCGCGACAAAAGAACGUCGCAGGCAAACUCGUGACACCCUAUAUUCUUCAGAGGGUGAAUGAACUGACAAAAGGAGAGUCCUUGAAGUCCAACAUUGCCCUGGUGAAAAACAAUGCUGACAUCGGCAGCAAAAUAGCUUGUGAGCUGACAAAGCUGAGGUCUGAUGAUUCUAGCAGUGAUCAAAAUGCAAGUGGUGCUGUUGGAGGUGGAGAAAAGAAAUGGACAAUCUCCCAGUCGAGGACUCUUCUAGAAUCAAUCAAAACUGGAAGACCAGUUGUGAUUGGAGGUUCUAACGUUGAUUUCGUCACAACAAUGAAGACAGAGCAUUAUACAUCGAAUGGUGCUACCUAUCCAGGUGAAGUGAGACAGUCCUAUGGAGGUGUUGGCCGGAACAUUGCAGACUGCAUGAGCCGACUCGGCCACCCUCCACUCUUCAUCUCUGCCGUUGGUAAAGACAUGCAUGCCGGCUUGUUACUGAAACACUGCAGUUCACACAUGGAUUUGUCAGGCAUCCAGCAGUUAGAUGACAUAUCCACUGCUACCUAUUGUGCAGUGUUGGAAUCGACGGGUCGUCUGCUCUAUGGAAUCGGUGACAUGAAGAUCCAUGACAGAAUCACUAAAGGAAUGAUUGCCAAGCAUGAAGACGCCAUCUCACAAGCCAGUGUUGUUGCACUAGAUGGCAAUAUUCCAGCCGACUCCAUCAAGUACGUCAUUGAUUUGUGUAAUGAAACCAAGGUUCCAGUUUGGUAUGACUGCACCGACAUCUUGAAAGCCUGCAAACCAUUCCUAUCAGAUGCUUGGAAGAAGUUGACAUACAUCAGACCAAACUUGAAGGAGCUAGAAAUGAUGCAUUCAUACGCCACCGGCAAACCAAAGGAUCCACUGUUGCUCAAGACCGUCACUAACUGCCAAGAGAAGAUAGAUGUCAUCUUGUCCCUGUGUCAAACCCUCGUUAACUACAUUCCAAAUAUCAUCACAACAAUGGGGAAAGAUGGAGUGAUGGUCUGCAGGAAUAAGAAGGCGGAAGUUCCGUUCCCUAUCAGAGGGAGACCAAUAAUGGAAUCCAAUGGAAUGUCUGCUGUCUACUACCAGCCAUGCACUCCUGACCAAAGACCAUCUAAUAUCGCCAGUGUUUCUGGAGCUGGUGACUGCCUCAAUGCAGCAAUGUUGUGUGGCAUCAUUCAGAAUCACGCCCCGGACAUCUGCAUCAAGAUGGGACUCAAAGCUGCCAACCAUACAUUAACAGAUGUCAAUCCAGUCCCAGAGACUCUCAACCCUGGCGAUUUCAGUCCUGCCAAAAUUGAAAGGUGGGCCCCGUGGAUGGCAGUACAUCACCGUCUUGUGGAUCAAGGAUACAGUAUAUCAUUUGAUUGACUCUCAGGAACUUAGUCAUUUCAUUUGUCCCCCGACAACGAGCACCUCAGAUGAGGGUGACACCCGUGGCUUUCAAGGAACUAAAAUUCCUGGCUCAUUACAGUCCUUUGAAUGAGACUAAGAACUGAGGGUCCUGGUGUCUAUGCCAGGGCCCAAGCAAAAGAUCACCCACCAAGUGAGACACAUGAGUAGCUUGCGUGGAAUACCUCUGGCCAAAGACAAGCCACUGGGCCAAUAAACCCAAUAGAAUAGUGUGGAGUCUUCCAGCUGGUUAUUGUUUGGACAAUUGUGACUCUUCCAGCUGGUGGAUUUGGCAUGCGACCCUUGGUAAGCAGGGAAAUGUUUCCUCAGUUUCAACCCCGACCCAGGGGCUGCCGGUAUAGUUUAUUCAAUGUAAUAUGCAUGUCAUGGUGCUGACCAUCCUGAGAUGACAUAUUGUCCUCAAUGUUUUGAGAAAUUUUGUAAUUGAAUGAAUCACAAUCAUGACUCUUUUAUGUAAGAAUAUUCAAAUCUCCCUUGAUUACGUAGCUUGGGUUAACUUUUGAAUUUCUUGAAUGUACAACCAUGACCAAAUAAAGAGCAUACUUAGUUAUUUUGGACAGGGUAUUGAUUUAGAAAAAU